CGACUGUCCACCACACCACAUUCUUUUUCCUAAGCAGUCAACUUUCACUGCACUCGAGACAAAGCUGCUUCAACAGCAGAGAGCACUGCGGUGCAACACUCACCAGGUGCUGCCGACGGCGUAAGACUGAGGCCAAGCCGCGAAGCAAUGACUCUAACAAGAAGAACAAGUCCCCGCAACCCGGAUGAGUUCCCCACGGUCCAGCUCUUCUUGCUAGCCAUCGUCCGCCUCGCCGAGCCCAUCGCGCUCACCUCCAUCUUCCCGUAUGCCUGGGCUCUCAUUAAGCGUUUUCAGAUCGGCAGCGAAGAUGACGCCUCCUUCUACGCCGGCCUGCUCAUCUCGGCCUUCUCCCUGGCGGAAGCCCUGAUGGGCAUGUACUGGGGCGGACUGUCGGACAGGGUCGGCCGCAAGCCCGUCCUGCUGCUAGGGUGCGUCGGCACCAUGUUCAGUAUGGUUAUGGUCGGGUUUGCCCAGAACAUCUGGGUGGCGCUGCUGGGGCGGACCAUCGGCGGUCUCCUGAAUGGCAACAUCGGCGUCAUCCAGACCAUGGUCGGCGAGCUAGUCACCAAGCCGGAACAUGAGCCUCGCGCAUUCUCAAUCAUGCCCUUCGUCUGGAGCGUCGGCACCAUCAUCGGGCCCAUGAUAGGGGGUUUGUUUGCUGACCCCCACGAGUCGUACCCCCACCUGGUCCCCAAAGGCUCCCUGUUCGAUCGUUUCCCCUACCUGCUACCAAACCUCAUCUGCGCCGGCAUGCUCCUAGUGAGCAUCGUGCUCGGCUACUUCCUGCUCGAGGAAACCCACCCCGACAUGCAGCCCCGCGUGCUCCUGCCGGAGGACACCUUCGUCUCCGAGAACACACCCCUGAUCGAGACGUCAGACGCCAUGAAGCGCCCCGCCGUCGACCUCCGCGACGAGAACUACGGCACCGUGCGCUCGCGCGACGCGCGUUCCACCGAGUGGGCCACCAAAGACCUGGAAAAACAGCCCGUCAGCAUCUUCUGCAAGCGCAUCAUGGCCGUCAUCCUCUCCCUGUCUAUCUUCACCUACCACUCCAUGACCUUCGACCAUCUCCUGCCCAUCUUCUUCGAGGACGACCGCACACCAUCCCACUCGCUGACCGUCAUCAAAACCCUCGCCCGCGGAGGCCUGUUCUACUCGCCGGGGGGCCUCGGCCUGUCGCUGCAGGCCGUGGGCUUCAUCAUGGCGGUCCAGGGCGCCAUCGCGCUGUUCAUGCAGGCCGUCGUGUUCCCCGUCAUGGCGGAACGCGUCGGCGUGUACCGCCUCUUUGUCCUCAUCACCUUCUUCCACCCGGUCGUGUACCUGAUUAUGCCGGCGCUGCUGUAUGUGCCCGAGGGCUGGCUGUACCCGGCGAUUUACUUUUGUCUGGCCGUCCGGAAUUUCUUUUCGAUACUGCUGUACCCGCUGCUGCUCAUCCUCAUCAAGGAGGCCACGCCCAGCUUGACGGUGCUUGGCAGGGUGAAUGGCUUGGCGGCGAGCGCUGGUGCCGCGUGUCGCAUGGUCGCGCCGCCGGUGGCUGGGUAUCUGUAUUCUGUGGGGAAGAAGAUGGAUUGCACCGCGCUGGCCUGGUAUGGGAGUACCCUGGUGGCGAUUAUUGGGGCGGUGCAGUGCUUCUCGGUCAAGAGGGCACGGGACGACAGGGGCAAGGGGGUGGAUGUCGAGGAAGCGGUGGAGUAAUGAGGGUGCUUGGUUGGGUUGAGCUACGGGGUGAAGCGAAGGAAAGGUUAUGUGUCUUUCAUACGUUUGGAGCUCGUGGGAGAUAAUGGCGAGAAAAAGGGCAUGUCAGGUUGCCAGUGUGGCAUUGUGAUAAACGCGGCGCAAGGAGUUUGGUUGCUUUUUGCUAGGCGUAUUGGAUAUGGCGGGUAGCGGGGUGUUUGGGUCACUUGAUG